GGUACUCGCUUUUGGAUCGGGUCACUCAAAGAAGAGGCUGCCAUAUUGCAGUGAUACAGCGAGUUUGUGUCUUGGACAGAUAAAUAUAGCAUAUUUUAUAAAAUGCUCUCUUCUUUGUCUUUUGGAGAUACAGGCAAAAUGAAAGAGUACCAUUAUACAGGUCCAGUGGAGCACCGGUUUUCUCCUUACGCGUUUAACGGAGGGACUGUUUUAGCCGUGGCUGGAGAAGACUUCGCUAUCGUAGCUUCAGACACCCGACUGAGUGAAGGCUACUCCAUCCAUAGCCGCGACUCUCCAAAGUGCUACAAGCUAACUGACACGACCGUCAUUGGCUGCAGUGGUUUCCAUGGUGACUGUUUGACCCUGACUAAAAUUAUUGAUGCUAGGCUAAAGAUGUACAAACACUCCAACAAUAAGAUGAUGACAUGUGGAGCCAUUGCAGCCAUGUUGUCCACAAUCUUGUAUGGCAGGCGUUUUUUCCCUUACUAUGUGUACAACAUCAUUGGUGGAUUGGAUGAAGAGGGAAAAGGUGCAGUCUACAGCUUUGACCCUGUAGGAUCUUACCAGAGAGAUACAUACAAAGCUGGAGGUUCAGCUAGUGCAAUGUUGCAACCACUUCUUGACAACCAGAUUGGUUUCAAGAACAUGGAGGGUGUCCAGCAUGUUCCCCUGACAAAGGAGAAGGCCGUUCAGUUGGUCAAAGAUGUUUUUAUCUCAGCUGCAGAAAGAGAUGUGUACACUGGAGACGCACUUCGGAUCUGUGUUAUCACCAAAGAGGGUGUAGAUGAGCAGACAAUUCCACUGAGAAAAGAUUAAGUCCUGUUCCAAUUGUUUUUGUUAGCUUCUGUCUCUUCACAUCCUUCAGACCCAUUAGUUUUCUUAAAACUGUUUUGGUCCAGAGAUGGGAUCAAGAUUAAUUCAUUACAAUAUCUCAGCCUUUUUAUUUCUACCAACGCUGUUUGUUUCCACAUUUGUAAUAAAUUGAAACAAUAUAUCA